UUUGCGUCAGAGUUUGAGAAGCUCAGCUUUGGUCUGACGCUUCAUGAGGUUUGACUUCCUGUAUUUCCUGCAGUGAGUAGGUUUUGAGACAUAGCAUUGUGAGCGUGUGAGGCGGCCUAAAGUUCAGUUGGUCUCCAGAUCAACACCCGAUCAACAGUAGAAACGGAUGAUGGCAAUGGUAACUAACAGGCUUGGGUGUUUACCAGUUCUUGUUUUCCUGCUGACUUUGAGCAGUUCAGUCACGCCAACUCCUCUUAGGAUGAAAAGGGAAACUAGUCGCAAAGUGACAUCGAUAAACACCAGUGACACACCGAGUACAGCAACCAUAGCAGAAGUUGAGAAUGCAAGAAGCACCACUGUGGAAACGUUACAGACAGUUGAGGUGAAAUCUGAUUCAAAGGUCUCAGCAACUACAGAAUACCUUUAUACUCCAGAUCUGAACCACACCCAACAAAACUACCUGACAGUUCACCAGCCAGCAGAUAAUGAGAGUACUUUUCUCACCCAACUUCCCACAAUAAAUACUAGUACUGGACACAUUUCACAUGCAGGAAGUUCUGCCCCAUCAUUUCCUGCAUCGUUGAAGCCCAGUAAGGCAACAGAGAAGUACAUGACAGCAGCAACAAGAAGAAUGUCCACAGAUGCAAAAGGACCUACUACUGACGUUUCCUCAACAGCCACCAAAAAAUCAACCACAGCAAUGACUCAUUCAUGUUCCACUGCCUCUUCUCAGGAGGACGGAUUUGUGAACCGUUGCCUCAUCGCAAUCGCCUCGAUGGCAGCAUUAACCACCAUCUUUAUCAUUAGCACCAUCUGCUUGGCUACGAAACUCUCGGGAUACAGAUACAGGCACAAGGCGCAGCUUCUCCAAGAGACUGAGAUGGUCUGCAUAUCUGCCCUGCUGAAUGAUACCGAUCACCCAGUUCCAAAGCCAAGACGACAUCCCAAAAGUAAUGGAGCAUUGAUCCCAAAUACUGAGGAUGGAGAUCCUGAUGGAGAUAAUCUCACUCUAAACAGUUUUCUUCCUGAUAACGAAGGCCCUCUUUAGAAGUUGAAAUUUUUCUGUAAGCACUAGGAACCGGCGCUUUAUUGAUGGAUCACAGAAUUUUGUACUCUCAAACAUUGUCAGUGUUCAGCUUUGACACAAACCCAGC